GCGCUAUGCAGAAGCAAUUUCGAAAAGUCUUCGGGUGAUAUGGACCGUGACAUUUCGUGCUAGGUUGGUAGCGCAAACUCGAAUAUGCAAAUAUAGCGAGGAAGAACAAUUUCGCUUCGUAAGUUCCCAGUUUCUAAAGGGAAUGGCGAACAGAGAGCUGGCCAAAACGGCCCGCAUUUUAGACUAUGACACCGAAUUUGUAGUGCAGUCGGCAACGCGUUCUGAAACCUUCGAAGAACAACCAAACACAUCUACAAGUGACGUACUAGCAGUUAGUGCCUCGAAGUUCCGGCCCGCUAAAAAGCGUUCGCACCAGUCAAGUGGCCAACAGUUGAACAGCUCAGGAAAAAAUCAACGCAGUGGCGCCCAUAACAAUUCGUUUCAUGGUAUCCCAGCUAAACGACAGAAUGUGGGAGGACAAGGCAAUGGUUCGCAGUUCAACAGACCAGGUAAACGGCACCGAUGCUCGCGUUGUGAUCGUCCUGCUAAUAACGGAAAGCAAUGUUCUGCAUUGAACAAAAACUGCCGCCGAUGUGGCAAACUAGGGCACUUCGAGGCAUGCUGUCGAAAGAAGAUAACGGUCGACCAGGACUUUCAACAAAGUCCCAUGAAACCAGACGAAGAGGAUCAACAGGUAUGAGCAGAUGUAUAAUCUUGGCUUUGAUAUCUCAAUCUGAUUUCCAUUGUAUGGGAAGUUUUCUGAGACCGAUAUUUGUUUUGUUUUGAACGUAUGUCCAAUG